UUUUCAAGGUUAUGCUGCUUGUCGUCCACAUCCGCCCCCUUUGUCAUUCUCUCUCAUAAAAAAUUCAAACCCACGAAAUCUCCCAUAUUUUUGGCCUGUAAAUCUUCCAGCACCCUACCCCCCUCGGCCGUCUCGUUGGCUGCCUCAAGAUGAGCGGCGCUUCUAGGGUUUCCAUUCCCAACAGCAUGAAGAAGACGAUCCAGAACAUUAAGGAGAUCGCGGGGAAUCACAGCGACGAGGAGAUAUACGCAAUGCUUAAGGAAUGCUCCAUGGAUCCCAACGAGACCGUUCAUAAGCUCCUCUUCCAAGAUACCUUUCAUGAGGUCAAGAGAAAGCGUGAAAAGCGAAAAGAGAGCAAUAGAGAAGCUUCUGAGACAAGGUGGAGGCCAGCAUCACAGGGGCGGGGGGGUAGGGACACACGAGGAAACUAUGCUCCUCGUUAUACAUCUCAUGAUUUAGAUAGUAGAAGGAACAUUGGCUUGGGGAAGGAAAAUGGAAUCAGCGGAGGUGGGGGAAAAGAUUCCGUAUCUUCUUUGUCUCUUAUGCCUCUGGGGACCGAAAAUAAGGUUACUACCGAAGAAAAUAAAUCGGCUGCCCCUAUAUCAAGUUCCAUGUCUAGCAUGCCCAAUGGACCUAUCAAAUCCGAGCAUCUACCAUCUGACAAGCAUAGCUUCAAUAUUGGUUCUUCAAUGGAAGGACUUUCAGUUGUGAUUAUCAGUAAGGUUGGGUCUUCUUCAACUGAUGGAAAAGUUUCCUUACCAAGCAGUGGUCAGAGCUCAUCAUCCACCUCAGCAGUUCCUGCUUCAGGUGUUUAUGCUUCACCAUCAGACCUGGUCAUACUUUCAUCUAAUGAUGGACUUGCUCCCAGUAGUGUGGGUGUGAUUAAGCAUAAAGUAGGGACUGACAUGAUUGUUUCUAAUGAUAUUGGUGGUUCUGAAUUGCCAUUCUUACAAAAGAUAGUUCAAUCUGAAAAGAGCCAUACUUUUGCUAAUGGGAAAGUUCAUGAGAACUUUUACGAAAUCGAGGGGGGGAAAGUUCAUAACACUUCUCAAACUGCAUCUCCGUCUUCUUCCAUCACAAGUGCCUCUGGCAGCAGGCCCUCUUCCAAUUAUAGCAACCGGUCACAGCACGCUGUUGCUCUUAUCAAGGCUGGUCCUGCUAAAGAGUGGAAACCUAAGGCGACAACUGUGAACCCUUCUACAGUAUCUGGAGUUCUCAGUACCCCUGUUGUUGACUUUCACCCAGGGGAAGAUGUUAACCCCAUUGUUCUUGACAAUGCUACGAAGAUACAGAAGAAGUUGGAGAACUUGCUCAUUUGUGACACCAAACAUGUCAUUAUUCCAGAUCAUUUGCAAGUAUCUGAGUCUGAAAGAAGUGGCUUAAGUUUUGGAAGUUUUGAUUCCAACUUUACUUUGUCUGUGGGGUUUAAAAAUGAACCUGAUAGUGAAGAAAUCCCAACAGAACCAUCAGAGUCAUUAAGAGAGAUUGAGGAGACUACCGAGGAACUUCCAUCAAGUACCGUAGAUUCAGCCAAAGUUACUGAAGAAAACAAUUAUCUGGGUGAUCAACAACCCAACAUGCCUGAAAACGAAUCCGUGGCACUUGACUUUUCUUCUAGCUUGUCUCCUGCUGCAGAAAACGAUCAAUCUAAAUCAGAACCAUCUUUGGCCUUGGAAGGACUUAAAAACUCAGUUAUUCAUACUGCACCAGUUUAUUCAAAUUUUGGAUUGGUACCAGCAAUGCUUGGCAGCCAUUUUACAGCAUCAGAGAGUGCAGAUCCGCAGGCACAUGAGACUGCCCGUUUCCCAAGCUUUAUUGUUCCACAACCUUUUGAUCCUUCUACAAAUUAUUAUGCGUCCAUCUAUAGGCCUGCCAUUGAUGGUGAUGGUCGUUUCUCCCCUCUUCUUGCCUCUGGUGCUGCCACUAAGUACAGUGGGACUGGUGCGGUAUUAUCAUCCCAAACUGGCCAAUCUGCACAAGAGAGUGGAAGCUUAUUGGUUUUCUCCUCAACUGGAUCGAAUCCUGUAACACAAGCUGCUGGAGUGGUGCAAUCUUCCAUUGCUGCUGCUCAACAGCCUGUUCCCAUUUUUAGACAACCUGCUGGUGUACAUAUAUCUCAUUAUCCACCUAACUACGUUCACUAUAGUCAGUAUUUUUCACCAUGUUUUGUUCCUCCUCCAGCGGCCAUUCACCAUUUUUUAGGAAAUGCCGCAACAUUCCCCCAGCAGCCUCCGCCUGGUGGCAUAUUUCCCCUUCCAACGGCAACUGUUGGCACCAACCCUGCCAAGUAUCCUGUCUCUCAGUACAAGCCUGCAACUAAUGGUGGUCUAACUGGUCAGGGAUCCUAUGGUUUUAAUCCGCUUGUUUAUAGUUCUGCUGUUAAUGGUGGGAAUCCAACUGGAAAUGAGGAUCUUGCUUCAUCUCAGUUCAAGGACAACAACGUGUUUAUGACAGGGCAGCAGAGCGAAGGUUCAGCUGUCUGGAUGUCUCCAUCUCCCAGGGAUAUCUCCACUUUUCAGCCUGCUUCCUUCUACAACGUUCCUCCCCAGGGACAGCCACUUGCCUUCGCUCCACCCCAAGCAGGCCACGCCGCAUCUGCAUUCACCGGCAUUUACCACCCCACCCAAUCCAUUCCUACCGGAUCUCUCCAUCCCUUGCUCCAGCAAUCCCCAGCCGUCGCCGGAGCAGCCGAAAUCGGCGGCCCUCCGGUCGGGAUAUAUCAACAGACUAUCAACAGCCUCAGCGACCCUCACCUAUCAACUGGAUCAAUAAUUAUUGAACCUUCAACCGGAAAUAUUUCUUUAAAGUAA